GAUUCAAAAUGGCGGACGAAAACUUCGCAUUCUGAAGGAUUGUAUUUUCUAACAUAAUUCCGGGGGAGGUCUUGAUGAAAAGCGAGAUGGUUGCUCGUAGUAACUUGAAAUUACUUGAAAUUUGUAUGAAAAAAGUAUUGAUUUAACAAAUUAUGGAGGAUAGACAAUCCACAGUUGUCCAUCGUGCUUUCACGUCUGUAACAGAAACGGUUUUUCCUGGUUCGCGGAGUUUGAAGCAUAUUUCGAGGGAAAAAGUUGUGGGCACAGGCAGUGAGCUGGUAUCUGAUCUUCCUUUACAAAUGUGCUUGUAUUUCAACACACAUUUCUCAGUGUUCUGGUUUGUAACAAGCAUUGCAAUGUUUAUCACCAAGUACGACCAUCUGGCUUUCUAUUAUAAGUUCAUCUUGAUUGUGAUCUAUGUGAUAAUGGUAAUUGUGGAGAUGAUAAGACUUUACCUCGGCAACACUGGAAAUCUUCAUGAAAAGGUUCCUGAACUGGCUGGAUUUUGGCUUCUUACCCUCCUGCUACAGCUCCCACUGACCUUGCUCCUCUUGCUGAACGAAGCUGCCAUCAUCCUGCCCCUGGAACGUGCUGUUCACGUGGUCCUCGCCGUGUUUGUGAUAUUUGAGGUCAUCCAAGGUUACAGGGUUAUCAAUAUGCUGACGCAAAACCAGAUUUCAAAAUUUCAUCUUCGCAACUUGGAGGACUUCGUGGAACUUCAAGACAUUCCCGCAGAGCCCGAGGAAACAGACGUCAUGUUUAGACCUCGCCGAUAACCUGGUCUGGUGGGAGGGACAUGUAAUGAUAUUUCUGGAUAAUUCAGUCCUUGAUCAUGACCUCGCCAUGCAGUUAUGACCUCUGGAUGGAUAUCACAAAUCCGACGAUACGAUUAACCUUGGAUUGGCAACAGAAUCGCUUCGAAAUCCAUGAGCUAAUCCCAAGAUUAAAAAUCGAUAUCCCAGCUCAGGCUGUAAAAUUGAUUUAGAAUAGACUUGGGAUGGUCGUUCAGAACUGAUAUAAGACCGUUUUAUACCGAACUACGCCAUAAUUAAGGCUAUAUUUAUAGUGAUAAUGCUUGUUUAUUUAUAUAGAGAUGCGCUAUUUCGAAAAAUAAAUUUGCGUCCAAAACUGCGUUCAA